AUGGCUUUGUUGGAAUUGGGAAAACAGUUAUUAGAAGCAUCCAAAAGUGGCUCAGCUGAAGAGGUGAGGAUCCUUAUAUUUAACGGAGCACCCUUCACUACAGAUUGGCUUGGGACAUCUUCUUUACAUUACGCUGCUCAGAAUGGUCAGUAUGACACAGUCGAAGUAUUACUAAAAGCCGGUUUAAGUAGAGAUGCAAAAACAAAAGUCGACAGAACACCACUUCAUUAUGCAGCACAAGAAGGACACAGUGACAUAGCUCAACUUCUUCUGUUACAUGGGGCUGAUAUGGAGGCUAAAGACAUGUUGAAAAUGACUCCAUUGCACUGGGCAGUUGAAAGAGGUCACAUUGAAGUUGUUCAAGUCCUGCUGUCCCAUGGAGCUUCCACUUCAGAAUAUAACAAAUUUGACAAAACACCAGUUGAUAUCGCA